ACGAUGAUCAGGAUUUGUGUAACAGCGAAUUUAUCAUGAACACCGGACAAGGCAAUAAACAAGUACGUGUUGUUACUGAGUGCUGCUACAAGGAUAACUGUAAUAAGGACAGUAUAGAGGUUCCACCUUAUAAUAUCACUCGGAAUUCUUUUAUCUGCCCUGUCUGCUAUACGUAUGAGGCCUAUGACUGUAAAUCUGAGGGAUAUAUAGCAUGCAGAGGCCAUGAGAUUGAGUGUUUUGACUUUGCAGCAACUAUAUUGAGACAAGGUUGGUCUUCGCUGAAGUACGCUAUGAUGGGAUGCACCACUAAAGGUGGUUGUUCAAUCGGACAAAGGAUUAUACCAGGGACCAAUAUAACUGAUGUGACACGCUUAUCAUGUCGUCCAGCAAUUCCAAUUACUCACUGAUGAAACUUCUUAUUGUAACUGAAAGAAAUGUUUCAUCGUUAUCUCUAACUC